GGGGGCUGGCAGGACGGUGCGCGUGCGCGCUGCAGUGGUUUCCCCCCCUCCCCUCAGGUUGUCUGUCCUCAACAACUAGAACAUAAAAAUGGGCACAAAAAGAGCCUUGGUCAUCCUGGCCAAAGGAGCAGAGGAAAUGGAGACGGUCAUCCCAGUGGAUCUCAUGAGGAGAGCUGGGAUCAAGGUCACCAUUGCAGGCCUGACUGGGAAGGACCCUGUGGUUUGCAGUCGGGAUGUUGUCAUCUGCCCUGAUGCCAGUUUGGAAGAGGCGCGGAAGCAGGGACCUUACGACGUGGUGGUCCUCCCUGGAGGUAACCUGGGCGCGCAGAAUCUAUGUGAGUCGAACGCGGUGAAGGAGAUCUUGAAGGAGCAGGAGAGCAGAAAGGGCCUCAUCGCCGCCAUCUGUGCAGGCCCCACGGCUCUGUUGGCCCAUGAAAUAGGCUUCGGAAGCAAAGUCACGUCCCACCCACUCGCCAAGGACAAGAUGGUGAACGGGAGUCACUACAGCUACACGGAGAGCCGCGUGGAGAAGGACGGCCUCAUCCUCACCAGCCGCGGCCCGGGCACCAGCUUCGAGUUCGCGCUGGCCAUCGUGGAGGCGCUCAGCGGCUCGGACGUGGCCAGUCAAGUGAAGGCCCCGCUGGUACUCAGGGACUAGAGGGGGGCCCGGCCGGGGAGGGAAGGGCCCUCGGGCCCGGCCCCAUCCCGCCCGGCCCGGCCCAUCCCGCCCCAUCCUACCUGCAUCCGCCCCUCCAUCCCUCCCUGUACAUUUCUGGCCUUGUUUGCACAAUAAACAGGGCACGUAGCAAGCCA